GUGAACUGGAAACCCAAUUACAAAAAAUCAGUGAUAAUUUGAAUUAAAAGAUACAGACGUUCGCUUCGUCUUAAGUCGAUAAUUGGAUAUAAAAGUUAGCGUAUAUAUUUAACCUCUUCACAACCAGGAUCAGCUAAUUGGAUAUUUACGAUAGAGAAAUCGAAUUGCAUAGUCGAGCAGUUAAGAAGCACAUAUUCUAAGAGAGAGAAAGAGUGAAAAAUCGAACCAUUAUUUUGGAUUUUAACAUCGACUGCAUCUCAAUUUUUACAGUAAUUAAAGGAAUUAUCAAAAUGCAUACAACGUACAAAGUCGCCAUCCUCCUUCUCUUGGCUACAGCUAGGGCUUACACACAGGAAUGUGCCCAUAGCAAGCCCCUUGGGAUGAUAUCAGGGUCGAUCCAGGACUGGCAGAUAUCAGCAUCGUCGGCGUACCCUCAGGAAUGGGAUAAAGGAUGUCAUGAAAAAUACGCCAGGUUAUACCAGCCAAACAAAUAUGGUUGGUGCGCAAAAUAUAAAUCUUCAUCAGAGUGGUUGCAGAUUGACUUGGGAGUCGGUGCAAAGGUGACGGGGGUGAUGACCCAGGGGCGAGGGGACGGAAUAGAAUGGGUGACGUCAUUCAUGGUCUCCUAUAGUAUGGAUGCGUUCCACUGGCAAUACGUCACUGAUCAAUAUGGCAAUCAAAGGGUGUUUGAAGGCAACGUGGAUUCCUACUCAGUAAAACACUCGUAUCUGCACAAACCUAUUUCAGCACGAUUCAUCAAGUUCCACACCGUCCAUUGGAAUAAGCAUCCCAGUAUGAGGGUUGAAGUUGUUGGAUGCCAGUUGUGUAAAGAAGAGAUCGCGUUGCCCCCUUAUGCCAAAAUAUCCGCAUCCAGUAGUUGGUCCUUCAAGAAAGGGAGCUCCUGUCAGCCAGAGGACGGCUAUAUUAUGAGCAGCAAAGCAUGGUGUGCAAAGCAUAAUAAUGAAAACCAGUGGUUGCAGUUUGACGUUGGACCUCCAACACUUGUAACAGGAGUCACAACGAAAGGAAGAGGUGACACAAAUAGGAAACAUUGGGUCACCAAGUUCCGUCUCUCCUAUAGCAACGACAGCAGAGUUUGGUUCUUUUACAAGGAUGACAACAGACUCAACCCAAAGAAUCAUUACUGGACUGGCAACAAUAACUCUGCAUAUGUGCUUCUUCCUGAUAAAAAUACUCCAGAGGGAUUGGAAUUUGGCGGAAAUGCAGAUAAAGACACAGCACGUGUGCACUACUUGAACAAGCCGUUUACCGCUCGCUACAUCCGCUUCCACCCGAUGCAAUGGAACAGCCACAUAUCAAUGCGCGCUGGUAUCAUUGGAUGUCAAUACGAGGGUUCGUGUGGCAAAGGUUUUAUGAAGGUCAAUACGGAUACACCUUGCAUUGAGAACAUGGCAUAUAACAAGGAAUCAUGGAUCAACAACAAGCGACGCAUGCCCGCCAAGAGGAACAUACACCGGAAUUACUGGAUGCAUGGACACGCUGGAAGAGCCGUAGAUGGCGAGACGGAGGCCUCCCUUCAUAGCUGUACCAUCCUGGAUAACUUCUACGUUGAGAAACCUGUAUGGAUGGUUGAUCUGGGCAAGAAAACUGACAUCUCCGGCAUAAUGAUUGUAACAUGGCAAGGUAAAGGCCAAGAGGCACAAAAGAACUACAGAGAAUACAUGUACAAUUUGGAUAAAAUAGUGGCUUACGUAGAUAAUAAAGCUGGUAAAGACAGAGUAGAUAACCCAUCCAACAUGUGUGGAUUUAUUUCAAGACUGAACAAUGCUUUGUUUCAACCAUCGCUGCACAUUGAGUGCUCGAAACGCAUGAAGGGACGCUAUGUGUAUAUUGAGGCAUGGGGGGCACCCAAUAGAUGGAGCCGGUUAUUCAGUGCCGUUCUAUGUGAGGUCAUGGUCUAUCCGUAAUCACCAUAACAACAAGGAUAUACUCAAUAAUAUUAUCAUCGAAACACACUUGUUGGUCAACCACAAUAGACACACAAGGACACACUAUAUGGGAAAAGAUCAAACCAUUGUCCUAUGGCAACAGUGAUAUAGAAAGCCCAAUGUUAAGGCAAAGAAAGAAUCUCAUGAACUAUCUGAAGACAUUGAUGACUCAGAAGAUGCCAUAGGGUAAGAUAGUUUAGCCCCGUGUCGGGAAACAGCAAUAUAUACCAUGGGAUAUUUUAACACGAUGUACAUUCUCGUACCCAGAAAGAAACGUCACAGUUUUUUGAUGGUAGGUGAAAUUAUUAGGGUAUGGUUGAAGACGUAUAGGUAAAAUAUACAUCUUCAAAUUGUGCAGUAAUUUAAGAAUCUUCUUUGUCCGGAUAAUACUGAUAUAAAUGAACCUGACCAACUUGACCUUGAACUUUGAGAAAUCAAAAUAUGAGUAUUAGCAUAACGUACAAUAGACAUACAAUGCAUCUAUGUAAAACACAUUAUCAACAAUCACGUAGUAAUGAUUUUCAUAUACAACAGAUAGGAUACCUCAUGAUAUGAACCAUCAUACACAUAACGUGCAGCGAAAGAAACACUGGCAAGGUACAUGGUACCAGUUAUAUGGUAAAUUGUACAUGGUACACGAUGCAGAGCUAUAUUUUCUGACGGUGCCAUAAUGAAUGAAGAACUUGGUACAUGGUCAUUAAACAGUACAGUGCCCAUCACUGCAAACCUUACACUGUGGCAAGCAGACCAGUUGACGUCGUUAUAACAAAAUGACGGUGUACAGUGUUGAAAAUAACCAAAUCCAUGUGUUAGACUUAAACUUUGCGAGGUUAAUGUUGAUAGGUAGUGUAAAUUGGUCUUUGACCAGCAUUUGACAUACAAAAACUGAAUAUUUAAUAUAAUAUAACAAAUAGAUAGUUGUACAUAUUUGAAUUCAUUAUAUCUAACAACGUGUACAUAAUAUGAUAGUACUAUGUUUACUAUGUUCAUAUUUUCAUACUAUCUACAAGUAAAUCGAAAUCGUAGAUUAAUAUGUUGUCUUUGUUUUAAAUGCUUUAUAUCUAUGCCAUUAUUACUAACGAUUUGUGUCAUUUUUGGUUUUCAUUUUUGAUGAAAGAUGAGUUGAAAGAUGUCGAAUGAUCAAACUUGAUAACACGAUGAAGAAAGGGACGCCAAAAUUACAUGAUGAUUGAAUAAUAGAUGUCACUUGUAAAUGACAUUAAUGCUUUCAAUCUU